GUCUGUCUCUUGUGCUCAACCACUCAGACCGCUCCUCUUCGCUCCGGUUCCACUUCCUCCUAGACUCUCAUAUCCACCGCGAAAUAUGACAUCCAAGUCAGCCCCCAGCUACUCCAACCCAGACCCUCACGCUAUCGCCGUCGUCGGUCUUUCCAUCUCUGCCCCCGGAGGUGAAGCUCGUGGCUUGGACACGGAGGCCUUCUACGAGUUUCUGAAGAGUCGUGGCUCUGGUAUCAUCACCGUCCCUGCUGACCGCUGGAACGCCGAGGCGUACCAUGGUACCGCUCCAGGAAAAAUUUGCACCACUAAAGGCGGGUUCAUUCCGGAGUUCUCUUACGGCGAUCUUCAGGAGUUCGGCAUCACUCCUGCGGAAGGUGCUCAAGUCGCAAUCACUCAGCUCGUCUCGCUUCACCAAGCGUUCAAUGCCCUCCAACGGAGCGGCAUCGAUUAUCGUGCCUCACGUACUGGCGUCUAUGUCGGGUGUGCCGGUGGAGGCGCACCUUUCGAGAUGGACAUUACGCAAGCUGGAGCGUACUAUAUGACCGGUACUUCCCUCGCCAUCACUGCCAACCGCAUCAACUACGUCUUCGACCUUCUUGGUCCUUCCCUGCCCGUCGAUACUGCCUGCUCUUCCAGCUUGACCGCCAUGCAUCUUGCCGUUCAAGCCAUCCGGAACGGCGAGUGUGACCAGGCGGUCGUCGCGGGCAUCAAUUACAUCAUGACGCCAUUAGAGACUUCCUCCUUUAGUCAACUGGGCGUCCUGAGUCCCGACGGUAUCUCCAAGUCGUUCGAUGAUGGCGCGAAUGGGUACGCUCGUGGUGAUGUUGCUGGUGCUGUGGUCAUCAAGCGUCACGAUAUCGCCGUGCGCGAUAUGGACUACAUCCACUCCACCAUCGUCGGCUCUUCCCUUACCUCUUGCGGUUCUCUCAUGGGCUCCCUCACUACCCCGAGCCCCGAAGCUCAGUCUCAGGCUAUCAAGAACGCUUACCGCGACGCCGGCCUCAAGCCGAACCAGGCAGAUUUCGUGGAGUUGCAUGGGACGGGCACGGUUGUGGGCGAUCAAUUCGAAGCCAAUGCUGCGGGAGCGUUGUUUGCGGAGGGGAGGGAGGGUAGGGAGAUUUUGAUUGGCUCGGUGAAGAGUAAUGUGGGACAUGGAGAGAUGGGUGCAUACAUGAGCUCCUUGGUCAAGGUCGUCAUGAUGUUGGACCGUAAGCAAAUUCUUCCGAACGGCUACUUCAAGACGCCUUCGAAGAAGAUCAACUUUGAGGGGUAUAACCUGCGCGUUCCGGUCGAGGUCGAGGACUUCGUUCCUUACGACAAGGAACAAGGCCUCAUCGCAUCGAUCUCCAGUUUCGGUUUCGGAGGUUCUUGUGGACAUACUGUCCUUCGAGGCCACGAAGCUCGCCCUGCUCUUUCAGACACCGAGAUGCUCAAGGACGGGCCUUUCUUGUUUGCCCUUGGUGCCCUCUCGCCUAAGGCAUGCAACACCCUCGUACAGAGUUACAAGGACGGAUACUCCUCCAUGGACCCCCUCGCUCUCAGCGCUCACCUCGGGGGUCGCGCUCGUCAGAUGCCCUGGAGGACCUACGCCGUCGCCGAUUCUUUCGCCACCGCCACAUUCCCCGACCCCACUAUGGUCGGUAAACGCCCUAACCCUCUCAUUUACUGCUUCUCCGGUCAAGGGCCUCAGCACUGGCAACAGGGCAGAGACCUGAUGUCGACGUUCUCUGCCUUCCGCGAGUCUAUCUACGCUUGCGACAAGGUUCACGAGGAGUAUACGGGCAAGUCGUUCUUGGCGGAGACGGGAUUGUUCGUGAAGGAUGCACCGAAGGACUCGCCCCUCAAGAACCUGAAGCUCACUUGGCCCGCAGACGUCAUCUCUGUCGCUAUCACUUUCUUCCAAGUCGCACUCUUCGACCUUCUUACAUCCCUCGGUCUUCGUCCGGAUGCGGUCGUUGGUCACUCCAUUGGAGAGACUGCAGUUCUAUAUGCCUCUGGUGCUAUGCCUCGUGACAUGGUCGUUAAGAUCGCCAUCGCUCGUGGUCGGGCUCUCGCCAAGGUCGACAAUAUUGGUGGCGCCAUGGUCGCCGUCUCAGGCUGUGAUGCCGCCGCCGUGAAGGACUACGUCGAUGCCGCUUCUUCUCUCGCCGACCUCGACGAGGAGGAAUCGAAGAAGCUCUACCUCGCUGCCUUCAACAGUCCUACCGACAUCGGUGUCUCUGGUUCCGAGAAGCUCGUCGACAUCCUCACCAGUCACAUCGAAACCUGGGUUGACGGAGUCAUGGCUAGGAAGCUUCGUGUCAGCACAGCCGUCCACUCACCCUACGUCGAUCCUUGCGAGGAGGUAUACCGUGCAGAGUUGGUGGAGAUCUUCAAGCAGUACGAGGGCGGCUCAUUCGUUCCGACUACAUUGACGAUGUCGACUGUUACUGGGGAGUUUGUUUCCCAAGAAUACUCGAUCGACUACCUGUGGAACAAUCUUCGCAAGCCCGUCUUGUUCUCCACUGCCAUUCCGAAGAUUGUUGAGAAGUUCGGCGAGGAGGCGACCUUCGUGGAGAUUGCUCCUCAUCCCGUUUUGUCUCAGUACAUCAAACAAAUGGGUGCGUUCGACUCGUUGGCAGGUAGUCAACGCCCUCCUUCUGCUCGUCACCUCAAGCCGGGCGCUAAGCCGCCCACCGAGGUGCAUACACUUCUCCAAGCGCUCGGUCGUCUGCUAGUUUGCGGAGUCAACUCAAUCAACUUCAACAUCCUAUCCGGAAGCCCAGCCACGACUUUCGAGGGGCCUCAGUACCCUUUCCAGAUGAAGUUCUGGCCAUUCGCUGCCAGAGAGGCGUCUUAUCUCAAGCGUCUUCUCCCUGCGGAACGACCCCUCAACUCGUCUCGUCUUCGCAUCAGCCCGAACCUUCCCGAGCCGUGGAUCGGGCACCACAUCAUCGACCACGCCAAUAUCAUCCCCGCCGCUGCCUAUAUCGAGAUGGCUCUCGAGUUCCCCGGCGUCACGCAAGUCUGGGAUUGUCGCUUUGAGGCCGCAUACACCCUCGACGAAUCUUCCCCGCCAGGUACUCUCGAAGUCGCCAGGGACGACAACUCGUGGUGGGUCAAGUCGUCCUCGUCACUCCUCACCAUGCAAGGAGACCUCGAGUGGACGAGGGUUGCCCCCGAGUUCGACACCCUUCACGCUUAUGGCAAGCUCGGGUAUGGGAAGCCGGAGAUUUCGACCGGUGCACUUGAGAAGGUCGACGUGGAGGCGGUGCUGGCGAGGUGUUUCCAAUCGCACGAGAAGGAAGAAUUGUACGCUGACUUGGAGGGCAUUGCGCAAUUUGGGCCUGAGUUCAUGCGUGUCGAGAAGGCGACUUUGAACGAAACGGAAGCAAUCUGCUGGAUGCGUGGUCACGUCGAUGGUCUCAACGAAACAGACUACCAUUUCCAUCCUGCUCUGAUGGACGCUACCUUCCAGUCUGCUAUUGCUUACAACCUGCUUUGCGACAAAAUCAAUGUCGCUGGCAAGGACCGUGCAUUCUUGCUCCCUCACUCGCUGCGUCGCGCAUACCGUAACGAUGGUAGCACGGCGCCCCUCGUUCUCCCAGAACUCUUCAAGACAUACUCUAUCCUCCAGAGCUGGUCGAACUCCCAUUGGACCCUCGAUAUCUACAUCUUGGCCGAAGACGGCACGGUCCUGUUCACGUUUGAGGGUCUUCACUUCACCUUGGUCGUCCAGGAUAACCAAUGGCCAACUGAGCGCUACAACAUGUACUGGCAGCCUCGUGCCUUGCCGUCUACCGAGUUGGAGGGCGCGGUAGUCGUAGACGGGCCUGCGGCAGGUUCAGAGACGGAGGACGUCCUGCAUAAGCUUGACCUUCUUGCCUUGAAGUACACCAGCGAAACGUUGAAAUCACUCCCUGCAGACUUUACCUCGGAGCUCCCUGAUCGUAAACGCUAUCUCGCAUGGGCUCAAGAGCAGACGAAGAAAUUCGGCGCAUCUGCUAUUUCCGACGUGGAUAUUUCUCCUGCUAUGAGGGAGAAAUACAGCAGCCUAUUCGAGUUGACUGAGCGUGUUGGUGGCGGACAGAAAGAUAUUAUGGUCUCCUCUACCGCGGCUGUUGAGCUCCUGUUCCGCGACGACAUCAUGAGCAAGAUCUACGAGCAUCCUCCCUUCGUUGGCCCCGUUUUCGACAAGACCGUCAGCUCGUUCAUCGACCUCGUCAAGAGCGCUGUAUCCGCUGGCAAGCGCGUUGUUCGUGUUCUCGAAGUUGGAGCCGGUACUGGCCGCUUCACCGCGCUUCUCGGUCAGGCUAUGCUCGACGCUGGGCUCGAUAAGGUCUGCUACGUCGACUACGUCAGCACCGACAUCUCCAUCUCUCUGGCUCAGGAAUCGACCGCCAAGUCCCCCUGGCUCACGAUGACUCCGAUGGCGUUCGAUCUUACCAUCCCCAUCGAGCAGCAGAACCUCGACCCUGCCAGCUUCGACAUCGUUGUCGCAUUCGACGUUCUCCACGCUACCUCGAGUAUCUCCAGCACCCUCAGCACUCUUCAUGAUCUCUUACUUCCUGGGGGCCAUCUCGCGAUUAUCGAGUUGGAUGGAAGCUCCUUCUCGAAUGGUGUGGUCGGUACCAUCUGGAUGGACUACAUCUUCGGUUCAUUUGCCGAAUGGAUGGGCGUCCUCGAAGCCCGUCCAGGAUCGACUCACUGCUCUCUUUCUCCUGCUGAAUGGAAGACUGCGCUGAGCGCAGCUGGAUACACCGACACCCUCCUCAUCACAUCGUCCGGAUCGGCCAUAUCACAUAUGGCCUACAUCUCCCAAGGAGCACUCGCUCCUGAACCCCAGCAAUCUUCGCCGUCUUCGCGCACUCCUGCUCUCACGUCCUCCGUCGGUUCUGCCUCCCCAUCCUCUGAGCUCGUCACUCCAUUCAACGAGGAAUCGGCUGUCCCCGUCGUCGCGAUCGAUGGUCCCGUGGAGUUCAUGGACGCCUUGGCCCAAAAGAGGACCAUGGACGGGAAACUUUUCUCGCUGCCUGCGAAGACAGAGGCCGACGACGCUUCGUCAUUCAUCAAUGGAGCGCUAGCCGAAGACUUCACCGUCGUUCGCCGUUUCGAUGCCGGUGGCGAAGUCGAACUUGUUCACUUCCUUUCUGGCCUCGACUCGACAAAGCCCUACGUGUUCUGGUUCUAUACCGAGACCGAAGACGUCAACACGACCCUCAUCGGUAUCGUCCGCUCCAUCCGCCACGAGUUCAGUCUCUGGAAGUUGAACAUGGUCCUUUUCCAUCCGUCCUGGAGCCACUCGCAACAGGAGGCCUUCGUGUAUGGAAGGCUGAUGUCGUUGAAGUGGGUUGAUGCGGAGGUCAUGGUCGACGAGAAGGGCGAAAUGCGCGUUCCUCGUGUGGUCACCUCGCUCGAACCUCCGACAGUCGAGCUACGUGGCGACCAACCCGUGGAGUUCGAUAGCACCAGGGUCUGGCGUGCUUUCCCGGCGGAUAUUGGCGAGGAUGAUGUGGAAGUUACUGUCUCGUUCUUCAACCUUUCACCUUCGUUCCCGGGCUUUGCCGAAUUCUCGGGCAUCGUCAGUGCCGCGGGGGCCUCCGUUGUCGGAGAAGGCCUCGUAGGGAAGCGAGUAUUUGGUGUGGCACCUUCGAAGCCAGGAAGCGUCGUCGUCUGCAAGCGUUCCCUCGUCUCCGAGCUCCCAGAGGACCUACAAUCCUCCACAGCCGCCUCUGUUGUCGGCCGUCUUGCCUUCAUCUCGUCCAUAGUCUCCAAGACUAUUUUUUCUGCUGCCGUCAAAGCUCCUCGUGUCCUCAUCCAUGCCGGCCUCUCUUCGCCCGCCGCAAUCGCCACCUACGCAUACCUCAAAUCCAAAUCCCUCGAUGUCAUGGUCACCGCGACAGACCCAUCUCUUGCUUGCAUCGAUGCUCAAGUCUACUCUUCCAACGAGUGCGAUAUCUGGUCGUUCCGCGCUCGCGAGUGGGCUUCGAAGGGCGUCGAUGUUGUGUUCAAUUUCGAUACCGAGGCUAAAGUCGCGAAGGAGUCCGUCCAGAUUCUCUCUAGCAGGGGUACACUCGUCCAAGUUGGCUGUGAUCUUCCUCGCCAGCUUCGCCGCGGUCAGAAAUAUGUUUCGGUCGAUUACGCCAGCUUGCUUGAGGACGAGGAGAUGGUCCAGUCCGCUCUGGAAGUCUUCUCUUCGGGGAUCGCGCCUGCGGUCGACACGUACGAGCUUCAGGAUCUCGCGGCCGCACACGAGAAGGCCUCUGAGCGUACGACUCAUGACCGUGCGGUGUUGUUGGAUCUGCGCAACGUCGACCCCAAGCUGUCUAUCACAAGGGGUGGUGUUAUUCGCGGCACCUCAGCAUUCGAUCCUCGCGCCUCUUAUAUCAUUAUCGGGGGUAUCGGUGGUUUGGGAGCGAGCAUUGCUCGGUGCUUGGUGGAAAAUGGCGCUCGUCACGUCGUGUUGACUUCUCGCUCCGGUGCUAACUCAUUCACAGCCGGUCGUCUCAUGCGCGAAAAGAAGAUUCUCAACUACCUAAGCGAGACUCCUGGCGUCACCAUCGACCUCGAGGCGGUCGACUGUCUUGACGCCGAUAAGACGAAGGCACUGUUCGCCAACUCUCCUCGUCGUAUUGCUGGUGUUUUCUACGUUGCGGUUCGCCUCAACGACCAGCUGUUCACCAACUUGACAACCGAGGAGGAUUGGAAGACUGUCUAUGAUGUCAAGGUCAAGGGUCUUCAUGUCUUGCUCGAGGCCGUCAACCCCAAGGACCUGGACUUCUUGGUUUUGACGAGUUCGAUGGCUACGGUCAGCGGAUCUCCAGGUCAAGCGAACUAUUCUGCUGCUCAGACAGAAAUGGAGUCGAUUGGUGCUCAUCUAUCCAACACUGUCUCUGUCACCGUGCCUCCCAUCACGGACGGUGGUGUCUUCGUACGGAGCAUGCCCGCGGGCAACGCACGCAAUGCUGCUUUAGACAAGUACAAGACGCUGGGAAUGUCCGGUAUCCGACUCGCCGAGCACUGUGUCGAUGCUAUCUGGACCUUGAACACUCCAGCCGCAAAUCCCGUGUACAUCCCUCCCAUGAACUGGAAGAAGGUCGUCGAGCUUGGUGUUCCGGAGUACCAUUUGUCCUCGCUUCGCCAUCUUCUCGUCAAGGAGACAGCCGAUGCCGCUGCCGCCAAUGCUUCCACCGAGCAGACUAUCCAGGCUGCUUGUGCGAUGGUACUCUCGCUUUCUGUCGAGGAUGUGGAGGAGAACAUUCCGCUAUCCAGCUACGGUCUUGAUUCGCUUACUUCCGUCAGGCUCAGUGGUAUCUUGAAGCAGUACUUUGACAUUACGGCGACACAGUUGCAGUUGUUGAGCAGUCAUAUGACCGUCGCAAAGCUCCAUGCUAUGCAAGACGAACAGCGCCAAGCCGCCUCCCUCUCCACCGCCCAAUCCUCCUCCGGCCCGUCAUCCACUGACGCUUCAGCAUCUACUCUCGAAGCCGAUAUGGACAAGACCGUCAUUCGUCUCAACUCUGUCACCACUGGGCGUCCUCUCUUCGUCGUUCAUGGCGCUGGCGGUGGUGUUCUUGUCAUGCAGAAGAUGGCGAGCAAGGUCAACUGUCCAUUGUAUGGUGUGCAGGACACGGCGGAUGCACCUAUCACAGGGACCUUGGAGAGGCUUUCGGAGUUCUACUUGGGGAAGAUCAGGGAAGUCCAGCCUGAAGGGCCGUACAGGAUCGGUGGUUUCUCAUUCGGUACUUGUGUGGCCCUCACGAUUGCUCAGCUCCUCCAAAAGGAAGGAGAGACUGUUGAGAUAUUGCUCAUGAUGGACGGUUCACCAACUCUGUUCCGUCGUCCCAAGUUUGUCGAGCAAACUAAAAGACGAAUCACCGAUGGGACGCUUCGUCAAGACAUCAUGGACGUCAUCAACGACAUGUCGACCAGUGGUUCCUUGGAUGAUGCCGAAGAGGUGUCGCAUCAGUUCUCCGACCACUUCCAGAAGACAACUGCUGGUGGCUCUGGUCCUAAAUGGGUUGCCCGAUUCUGCAAGGCCUACGUCGCGCAUGUUCUCAUGGGUGUUCGUGCCUCUAUGGAAACUCUCAAGCUCGAACGCUCGGGCGCACUGGCUAACCAAACUUGGCCCGCCGCCCGCACCGUCCUCGUACGUGCCUCCAAUGGCGUUGCGGCCCAAGAGGUUGCCGAGGGUGCCUCGAGGGCUUUCGAUUUGGAGGCUUGGGCUCCGGAUGUGGAGUUGCGUGAGGUUGAGGGAAGCCACUUCGGUAUUUUGAACCCGGACAGCGGGUUGAGCAGCAUUUUGAACGAGGUGUUCGUGGCUUGAACGAUUGGGGAUACUUGUGCGUGUAUGUGCGGGAGGCGGAGACGUAUUGAUACGGUUGCGAGGCUGAUGUGAAGUCGUGGUGGUAUUUGUUUCAGGACAUUGGACAUUGUUAGAUUGUACUUUUACUUCUUGGGUCGUUAUUGCUGUAUACCUUUUAUAACUCUCAUCUUGGGUCUCAUGCUUAAUUUAUUAUAUUUGCUUUUGGUCUC